UCUUCCCCUGAAGCGCAGCAGCUGCGGAUCUCCUGCAGGAGGAGCGGCGAGAAGGAGACAUGCCGAACAUCUGGAAAAUGUCUGGAGCUGCCGUCUGUCCUGGAGGUCCACGGCUGAACGAAGACCAACAGUCCGUCAGCAUCGAGGCUUGGUGUCCGGCCACGAACCUUCACAGGAAGAAGAGGAUCUGCAGCAUCCUGCUGCUCAUCAGCGCCUCCUGCUGUGUCUCUGGAGCAACACUUGUAGUGGAUGUGGCACAGAGCUCCUAUCAGGCCGAGGAGAACCAGAACAUCACACUGGAAUGGAGGUUCACCCCCAAACCUGGCAGUUCCCUCGACUCCCUCUCCGUCUUAUGUGUAAUGUUAACUGAGCGUAAAGCCUCAGGUCUGUUUCACCUGCAUGAAGGCGUCGAGGCCCCAGAGUCUCGGGAUGAAGGAUUUGCAGGACGAGUCCAGUGUGACAGAGACGUCCUCAGAGAAGGACGAAUCAGACUUCAUGUGUCCACACUCAGGACUGAUGACUCCGGCAUGUACCUGUGCAGAGUCAGCACAGAUUAUGGGAUGAACACUGGCACGUGUCGUCUCAACGUCACAGUCCCUCAGUAGAAGCGUCAGAGUCCUGAAUGUCUGCACUCGGUUUGCAGUCAGACGUCUCAUGUUUAAUCUGCACAUCGUAGCUCCAGUGAAGCACAUAGUGAUGCUGACCUGUUACCAUGGCUACCACUGAUGCAUUAGAGGGUUGUAUUCAGCCUUUCUUCUCUCCGGUUUUCUUCUAAAAUGUUUCCACUUCAGUCUCUCACAUUUUAUUUCUUGUCCUGUCCAGCAGCUGCUGUUGAGCCUGAACCUCAGAGACAAAGAAUGAGACAUGAACCAGGGAGUCAGAGUCAACCCCUCCUCUGUGGUGGACUGACGCUGGCAGCAGUAACUCUGCUGGCCAUCAGUGUCAAAAGCUGCUCUCGACGUUUUCAGACAAACAACCCAUCAGGACUAACGGGAGUCUGGACGACCUCUCGGAAUAACUGGACCUGAAGGCUGAGCGACGAGGCCAGAGUGUUAUGGAGGUUUAUUGGGUCUAAAGUUUUCAUUGUCCUGAUGGUCAGUCUCUUUUCACCUGGUUCCUUAUGCUGCAUGCCAAACCUGCUCCAGAGGAGGUUCUGUUCAGAGGUUUGCAUUUCAGAUUCUCAGCUCAGUCAGUGACACAAACUGCAGCUUCACUGCUAUUUCAAAUAUAUCAGAGGGGGAAAGCUCAGGAAAAACCACGUUCUCAUCACAUCCCACUGAAUCUGACUGAAAAGACGAGGAGGAGUCCCUCAGGUGUAAAUGCAAAGACACGCUGCUUCUGCACUCACCUAAAUGUUUUACUGUCGUUUCAGUAUCGUCCAGUUUCUGACAUUCCUGGAGGAAGCUGUAGACCAAUCAUACGUUACGACUGUCACAUUACGCUUCCAUCCUCUUUGAGUCCUCAAAAACAGCCAUACCUCCAGCAGGAGGCUGCAAAGAAAAGAAAACAACGCACUUUCAAACAUUAGGUCGCAGUGAGAGUUUGGUCCACCAAGCCCUGCGAGGCCCAAAACUACAACAUCAGUUUUAGCUAAAAAUAAA